ACAAAAAAAAAAAAAAAAAACUAAUCCCAUUAUUCACCUUCACACAAACAACAAUGCCUCCUAUCUUCACUGAUUUCUCCGCCUCGUGUAACCUCAAGUACGUUAAGCUCGGCUACCAAUACCUCGUCAAUCACAUUCUUGCACUUAUUCUUGUCCCCGUCAUGGUCGGAGUUGUUGUCGAAGUUGUUCGUUUAGGUCCCGAGGAGAUUGUUAAUCUCUGGGGUUCACUUCAUUUCGAUCUUGUUCAGGUUCUGUGUUCUUCUUUUGUCGUCAUUUUUGUCGUUACUGUUUACUUCAUGUCCAAGCCGAGAAGUAUUUACCUUGUGGAUUACUCAUGUUACAAGCCUCCGGUGACUUGUCGGGUUCCUUUCGCCACUUUCAUGGAGCAUUCGAGGUUGAACUUGAGGAAUAACCCGAAGAGCGUUGAGUUUCAGAUGAGGAUUCUUGAAAGGUCUGGUCUUGGUGAGGAGACUUGUUUGCCCCCGGCGAUUCAUUAUAUUCCGCCGACUCCGACGAUGGAGGCUGCGAGAGGGGAGGCGGAGCUUGUUAUAUUCUCAGCUAUGGAUUCUUUGUUUAUAAAAACGGGGUUGAAACCUAAAGAUAUCGAUAUUCUCAUCGUGAAUUGUAGUCUGUUUUCUCCGACGCCGUCUUUGUCCGCCAUGGUGAUCAACAAGUACAAGCUGAGGAGUAAUAUAAAGAGCUUUAAUCUUUCGGGAAUGGGGUGCAGCGCUGGGCUGAUCUCGAUCGAUUUAGCUCGCGAUCUUCUUCAAGUGCACCCGAAUUCUAAUGCGGUGGUUGUCAGCACCGAGAUCAUCACUCCGAACUACUACCAAGGGAAGGAAAGAGCCAUGCUUCUUCCUAACUGCCUGUUCCGCAUGGGUGCCGCCGCCAUCCUCUUGUCGAACCGCCGUUCUGAGAGGUGGCGAGCCAAGUAUCGUCUCGUCCACGUCGUUCGAACACACAAAGGCGCCGACGAUAAGGCCUAUCGAUGUGUUUUCGAAGAGGAAGACAAAGAAGGAAACGUCGGGAUAUCAUUGUCCAAAGAUCUCAUGGCCAUUGCAGGUGACGCUUUGAAAUCCAACAUCACCACUAUCGGCCCUUUGGUCCUUCCGGCAUCGGAGCAAAUCCUCUUCCUUUUAACGCUCAUCGGACGUAAGAUCUUUAACCCGAAGUGGAAACCUUACAUUCCCGAUUUCAAGCAAGCGUUCGAACACUUCUGCAUCCACGCCGGUGGCCGGGCAGUCAUCGACGAACUCCAAAAGAACCUGCAACUCUCCCCCGAGCACGUCGAGGCAUCGAGGAUGACAUUGCACAGGUUCGGUAACACGUCGUCGUCGUCAUUAUGGUACGAGAUGAGCUACAUCGAGUCGAAGGGCCGGAUGAAAAGAGGCGACCGGGUGUGGCAGAUCGCAUUCGGGAGCGGAUUCAAGUGUAACAGCGCCGUAUGGAAGUGCAACCGGACCAUCAAGACCCCAACAGACGGACCAUGGGCGGAUUGCAUCGAAAGGUACCCGGUUCACAUCCCUGAAGUCGUCAAGCUCUAGGGCUAAAACAACAACAACACAUGGGGCUGAAUUUACGCAUAUUAAUUUCUCCUGUUAACCUCAUUUACACAUUCGUUUCUUUCUUGAGUUUGCAAUUUGCAUAUAUACCUGAUAUCAUUGCACCUUUCGUGUGUAUUAAUUAAUGUAUACCUUGUUCGAAAAUUUCGUCCUCAAAAUAAAACCGGAAAAUAUUAAUGCA